GACAAGACGUGGCCGCCACCACCGCCGGAUUUCUCUCUCCUUUUCUCUCACUAGAAAUGUCUCCAAUUUUCGGGGAUCUUGUCACCGAGAAUAAUGGAACCCUAAAGAAAGGAUCGCCAAAACCAAUUGAAGGAAGAAACAAUCCAAACCCAAACCCGAUUUUCUCUCAAAUCCCUCCUGGCCGGAGAACUCUCUUACUAUUUCUCAUCCUCCUCCAAUUAUCUCUCAUAAUUUUUGUUAUUCAAUCUCCCAAUGGAUCUCCACCGCCGGAUUCACUCCACCGUCCCAUAUCCCCCGCCGUUUCAGAAUGCGACGGCCGUCGAAUCUACGUAUACGACCUCCCACCCAUGUUUAACAAAGUAUUUAAAGACAAAUGCAUCAAUGAAUUGGAUCCAUGGACGUCUAAAUGCGACGCCUUUCAAAACGAAGGAUUGGGUCCUUUAGCUGCAGAGGAUGUCGCCGGAAUCGUACCGGAGGAGAUUCGUCCGGCGUGGUACUGGACUGAUCAUUAUUGGGGAGAAGUAAUUUUCCACAAUCGAAUGUUGAAUUACAAGUGUAGAACAAUGGAACCGGAAUCUGCUACCGCUUUCUAUAUACCCUUUUACGUUGGACUCUCAGUUGGGAAACUGUUAUGGGGGAAUUACAGUGCUCAGGAACGUGAUCGGAGUAGUGUGAUGAUGAUGAACUGGAUUCAAGAUCAGAAAUGGUGGAGAAGAUCUAAUGGGUCAGAUCAUGUAAUGAUGUUAGGGAGAUUAACAUGGGAUUUCCGUCGUUUAAUUGAAGAGGAUAAUGAUUGGGGGAUUAGUCUUCUUCAUAUGCCGGCAAUGAAGAAUAUUAUCCGUCUUUGCGUCGAGAGAAAUCCAUGGGACCAUCUUGAAAUCGCAGUACCUUACCCAACUAUAUUCCAUCCAAGAACAAAUCAAGAUAUAUUAUCAUGGCAGAAUUACAUACGCCGGUGUAAUCGAACCAGUCUAUUUACAUUCGUCGGCGGGGCGCGUGAAACAAUCAAAAACGAUUUCCGAGGAAUACUACUCAACCAAUGUCUCAACAACUCCGGCGGCUCUUGUCGCCACAUGGACUGCGCACGCACCAGCUGCGUCAGUGGAACAACAUCGAUAAUGGAAGCUUUUCUCUCGUCGGAUUUCUGUUUACAACCGAGAGGAGAUGGGUACACGCGCCGGUCGGUCUUCGACUGUAUGUUGUCCGGUUCGAUUCCUGUGUUUUUCUGGACAAGAACAGCGUAUCUACAGUACGAGGGGUUUGUUCCGUCGGAUAAGGAGAGUUAUUCGGUGUUUAUUGAUCGGAGAGAUGUGAGAAAUGGAACUUCGAUAAAGAAGGUUCUGGAAAGUUACAGUAAAGGAAGGAUAAAGAGGAUGAGAGAAAAAGUGAUUGAAAAUAUUCCAAAUUUUGUUUAUGCGAAACCUAAUCGCCAUGGAUUGACGACUGUGAGAGAUGCUUUUGAUAUCACCAUUGAUGAGGUGUUGAAGAAGAAGUACAUCAAAGGAAGACAAUUACAAUCCUAAUUUCAUUUUUCGAGAUUCCUGUAUUUUUUUUAUUUUUU